AAGGGGUUGUCACUUGUCAGGAAGGGUUAGCCAGGACGUAGGAGGGUUGCGUCUUUGCUCAUACUACGAUACCAUCGUUAUCAAAUUCCAUUUAAUUCGUCUAAUAUUUCUCUACCUUUCGAGGCUGAACAUUUUUCUUGGCAACGUUUUUGGAAUCCAGUACAAACGCCAGGGGCUACAACUUGGCCGAGGCGUCUAAUGUACUGAACGAAACGGAAGUAACUUGCCAGCUGUCUGGCUAAGCUCUCGAGUGUCUGAAUGCCAACGCUGUGGGUGAUGGAGCUGAGCAGGCAACUCUGUGGGAAGAUGAGGAGGUCCAGUAAAAGGGCCCAACUUUCCUCCUCCCCAACUCCCAAUCGGGGCCUGGAGAUCCACUUUUACACACCCGAGGUGCACCAGCUUCAGUACUUCAAGGGCUGCUACACUGCGUUGGAUCUCUGCGUGGAUGCUGCCAAGAAAUGCUCAAUCUCUCCCUUGUGCCAUAACCUAUUUGCCCUGUAUGAUGAGGCUACUGGCAUGUGGUAUCCUCCCAACUAUGAAAUCAAGAUCACGGACGAAACCAGUUUCAAGUUGCACUAUCGCAUGAGGUUUUAUUUCAGAAACUGGCAUGGCACCACUGAAGGAGAGUCUCCAGUUUGGAGACACUGCAUCAGUAAACUCAGAGGCGGACUUAGCCCGCAGAAAACACCAGAAGGAACUCCUCUGCUGGAUGCUGCCUCUCUCAGCUAUUUGUUUGCCCAGGGGCAGCAUGAUUUUCAGACGGGCCUGGUCCCACUGAGGGUGUCUACCUCAGAAGCAGAGCAACAUGAGAUAGAAAAUGAGUGUUUGGGUAUGGCUGUGCUUGCGAUCACUCACUAUACCUCAAACGUUGAUUUGACCCUUACCACUGCUCCAAAUGAAAUCAGUUACAAACGCUUCAUCCCAGAGUCACUGAACCGCAACAUCAAACAGCGCAACUUCUUGACACGCAUCCGCAUCAACAACGUCUUCAAGAAAUUCCUCAGUGAAUUCAACCGCCGGACAAUAAAGGACAGCAAAAUUACGCAGUACGACUUGAAGAUCAAGUACCUGGCCACUCUGGAGGGCCUGACCACCGGCCUGGGCAGCGAGCUGUUUGAGCCUGUUUCGCUGAUUUUAACACAGGAGGGCGAUCUCUACAAUGGAGGUUAUGGCUGUGGUUACAGUAACCAGGGCCUGGAAGAGAACCAAAGUCUGAACAUGAAGACUAGCCAUGACAUGCACGUCCUGGUUACUGGCACCGGCGGCAUUUUCUGGAGGAAGAAGCCCGCGACAUCAACGGGCAUCAGCAAAGAAAAGAGCAAGUUGAAGAAAGUCAAGUUGGAUGUCAAACAAAAAAAUGGCAACAGCAAGGACGUGAAUGAAGACUGGGUGGUGUUCUGUGACUUCCAUGAGAUCACACACGCUGUCAUCAAAGAGGCGACGGUCACUGUCUAUAGACAGGACAACAAGAGAAUGGAGCUGCACAUGGCAUCUAGGAGUGAGGCUCUCUCCUUUGCAGCCCUCGUGGACGGGUACUUCAGGCUGACGGUGGAUGCACACCACUUCCUGUGCAAGGAGGUGGCCCCUGCUUCAGUGGUGCACAACAUAAACAACGGCUGUCACGGACCCAUCUGCACGGAGUAUGCCAUCCAAAAGCUGCGUCAGGAAGGCCACGAGGAGGGAACCUACUUACUGCGCUGGAGCUGCACUGAAUACGAAUACAUUAUCAUCACUGUGGUCUGCAAUGAGAUCGACCUAAAUGAGUCUCGCCCUGUGCGUCAGUAUAAGAACUUCCAGAUUGAGGUGUCUUCCAAUGGGUUCCGCCUUUACGGCACUGAGACGUUUCGGGCCACUCUCGGUGAACUCCUGGAGCACCUUAAGGGCCAAAGCCUUCGCACAGACAACCUCCAGUUCCGGUUGCUGCACUGCUGUCCUCCACAGCCUAGAGAGGUUUCCAACCUGCUGGUGGUCACUAAAGAUCGAGCGCCGGCCCCUGAGAAAACCAUGCUAGAGAGUCAGCUUAGCUUCCAUCGCAUUCUCAAGGAAGAGAUUGAACAGGAGGAGCACCUUGGACCAGGAACAAGGACCAACAUCUUUUCAGGCACACUGAGGGUGAAGAGUGAGGAGGAGGAGGAGGAGGAUGCGGGUUAUUCAUCCUUCCAGGAGGUCAAGGUGGUCCUGAAGGUGCUGGGCUCUGGACACAGGGAUAUCUCCCUGGCGUUCUUUGAAACAGCCAGCAUGAUGCGACAGGUGUCUCAUAAACACAUAGUGCUGCUGUAUGGAGUGUGUGUUCGCCACCAGGAAAACAUCAUGGUAGAAGAGUUUGUCCAGCCAGGACCACUGGACUUAUUCAUGAGGAGACAGCACAGCCCACUCGACACACUGUGGAAGUUCCAGGUGGCCAAGCAGCUGGCCUCAGCUCUCAGCUACUUGGAGGACAAAAAGCUGGUCCACGGCUUUGUGUGUGCCAAAAACAUCCUGCUUGCCAGAGACGGACUGGACUCCGAUAUGGGAGGGCCCUUCAUCAAGCUCAGUGACCCAGGAAUACCAAUUACUGUACUCACUAGAGAGGAGUGUGUGCAUCGUAUCCCAUGGAUCGCUCCGGAGUGUGUGAAGAGCACGUCUUCCCUAAGCGUUGCAGCUGACAAGUGGGGCUUUGGUACCACUCUGUGGGAAAUUUGUUAUGAUGGAGAGGUGCCCCUGAAAGACAAGAAACUCACAGAGAGGGAGAUGUUUUAUGUAAGUGAGUGCCAACUGGCAACCCCAGAGUGCAAAGAGCUGGCUGAACUGAUGACCCACUGCAUGACCUACGACCCCAAGAAGAGACCUUUCUUCAGGGCUAUCGUCAGAGACAUAGACAUGCUAGAGGAAAAGAACCCCUCCAUCAAACCCCAGCCUACACCAGAGGUGGACCCAACUUUGUUUGAAAAGAGAUUCCUUAAGAAGAUCAGAGAUCUGGGAGAGGGCCACUUUGGAAAGGUGGAGCUGUGUCGCUAUGAUCCUCGAGGAGAUAAAACCGGUGAGCUGGUGGCAGUGAAAUCCCUAAAGUCGGAGAACCGAGAGGAGCAGAGCAACAACCUCUCGUGUGAGAUCGACAUCCUGAAAGCACUGUACCAUGAAAACAUUGUCAAAUACAAAGGCAUCUGCCAAGAGGAAGGUUGUCAGGCCAAUAAGCUGAUCAUGGAGUACCUUCCACUGGGCAGUUUGAAGGAUUAUCUCCCACGGAACAAAAGCAGGACCAGCCUGAAGACCCUGCUCAGCUACUCGGUCCAGAUAUGCGAGGGAAUGGAUUAUUUGGGAUCCAAAAAUUACAUUCACAGAGACCUGGCUGCCCGAAAUGUUUUGGUGGAAAACGAGAGGACGGUGAAGAUCGGAGAUUUUGGCCUCACAAAGAGUAUCAAAGAGAACGAAGGAUAUUACACCGUCAAAGAUGAAAACGAGAGCCCUGUUUUCUGGUAUGCGCCAGAGUGUCUGACCCACUGCAAGUUCUACCUUGCCUCAGACGUUUGGUCCUUUGGUGUGACGAUGUAUGAACUCAUCACCUACUGCGACACCACCAAGAGCCCAAUGCAUCUCUUCCAUGGUAUGAUUGGUCGAACGCAGGGCCAGAUGACUAUCAUCCGAUUGGUCAAGGCCUUGGCAGACGGAAAAAGGUUGCCACGUCCCGAGGGAUGCCCCGAGCCUGUGUACGAGCUGAUGCGCAGAUGCUGGGAGAACACGCCAGAGCUGAGAAUCUCCUUCAAGCACCUGGUGGAGGAGCUGACCAGGAUGCAGCAACACCUCCAACCACAAAACAGCCUUUAAGCGUCCUGCUUCUUUCACUGGGAAUGACUGUGGCCUGCCGACCAAAUGUGAACUGCAAAACUGAUUUCAGAUCAGUAUCGGCUUGUGGAGCAGAAGGAUCGAAGCUUCACACCAAGCAUUGCUCUCGCAUACACCUUCCACGACAAGACUUUUCGUCCUGGUUUUUAGUUGCCGUUAUAACCAUGUUUUUAUGUUUCCAGUUAAAUAUUUUGGAUGAAACAAGGAGGUCCUAUCGAAUUGUUGCCUUAGCCAAUGUUGAAUGUGAUCUUCUGGUUGUACUGCCAGACAUGUCCCACUCACGCUGAUAAUUUGCUCUAAAGGCCCAUCGGAUGGUGUGAGGUUGAAAUGGCUCACUGAUGGACAUUUGAAGGCAGGAGAGCAGAGAGAACGGUUUAAUGGCUGCCUGCCACACAGUGGCCUACGUGAUGGAGAGAAACUCUCCUGAAUUGUAUUUUGUUUAGCCAGAUUUUCUGUUUAGAUGCUGUCAGCAAGCGAGCAGUAGGCACUGUCUUUUUACUAUGUUGUUCUUUGGUCUAGCUGAAAUGCCAAACAUUCUUUGAUCAUAGCUUCCAAAUUCUGAGAUCAGAUCAUGUGGUUUUUCCCGAUUCAAAUUGCCUGGGAUCACCUCUGCACUUUCAUAAACUCUAAUGAAGUUCUUUAAAUGCGUCUUCGGUAGUAACUUGUUAGUUGAGGGAUUUAGAGAAGUACCGCAGAGAUCCACCUGAGGGCAGCAAAGCUUCACUUUGGUUCUAUAAUGCAUAAUGAAAUGUCUAUAUGCUAAAUAUACAAUAUUAGCCAAUUGCCAUUAUUGCUUCUUGUGAAUGGAAUAACGAAGAUGAUACACAGGCUUUGAAUAUUUUAAGAAAAUUAAUUAUUUCAGUGACCAUUAUGUAUGUGCUUUUUAUUGUGUAAUCAAUCAAUAUGCCAGAACAUUUACGAAAGUAUUAUCUGUGAAAUGGUUUGAGCAGAGGGUUUUUCUGUUUUAAAUUCAGCAGAUGUUCAUGUAACCAUGUGGCUUUGACAUUAUGAUUGGGGAUAUAAAAGACAAUUCCUUCUGCUCAAAUUAAAAUAUAUAUAUUUUUCAAAGAAAAGAUAACGACUUAUGGAAGGUAAGUAUCCGUAAAUACCCAAUGAAAAAUAAAAUCAGUGUAUGUUG